GGGAGGCGGGAGGCGGGGCCGAGCCCGAGCCCGAGCCCGAGCCGCCGGUGGCCGCGGAGGCGGUGAUGUCGGUGCAGGUCGUGUCAGCCGCGGCUGCCGCCAAGGUGCCUGAGGUGGAGCUGAAGGACCUGAGUCCGUCCGAGGUGGAAUCGCAGCUGGUCCUGAGCGCGGCAGCGGCCGUCAACCCCAUGGCUCCCCCGGCUCCCCCGGCAGGCGGCGGGGACCCCGAGGCUCCGGCUCCCGCCGCCGAGCGGCCCCCAGCCCCCGGGCCGGGCUCGGCGCCCGCCGCCGCCGCCGCCGCCGCGCUCAGCCCCGCCGCGGGCAAAGUGCCUCAGGCGUCGGCCAUGAAGCGGAGCGACCCUCACCACCAGCACCAGCGGCACCGCGACGGCGGCGAGGCCCUGGUCAGCCCCGACGGCACCGUCACCGAGGCGCCGCGCACCGUCAAGAAGCAGAUCCAGUUUGCCGACCAGAAGCAAGAAUUCAAUAAACGUCCCACCAAGAUAGGACGUCGCUCCCUGUCUCGCUCCAUUUCUCAGUCGUCCACCGACAGUUACAGCUCAGCGGCUUCAUACACAGAUAGCUCUGACGAUGAGACCUCUCCCAGGGACAAGCAGCAAAAGAACUCGAAGGGAAGCAGUGACUUCUGUGUCAGGAACAUCAAGCAGGCCGAGUUUGGGCGAAGAGAAAUUGAAAUCGCCGAGCAAGAAAUGCCUGCGCUCAUGGCUCUGCGGAAGAGAGCCCAAGGAGAAAAGCCGCUGGCUGGAGCCAAAAUUGUGGGUUGCACACACAUCACUGCCCAGACUGCUGUGCUGAUGGAGACUCUGGGUGCCCUGGGGGCGCAGUGCCGCUGGGCCGCCUGCAACAUCUAUUCCACUCUCAACGAGGUGGCUGCUGCUCUCGCAGAAAGCGGAUUCCCUGUCUUUGCUUGGAAAGGAGAAUCAGAGGAUGACUUCUGGUGGUGCAUUGACAGAUGUGUGAAUGUGGAAGGCUGGCAGCCGAACAUGAUCUUGGACGAUGGAGGGGAUCUCACUCACUGGAUUUAUAAGAAAUACCCCAAUAUGUUUAAGAAGAUCAAGGGCAUAGUAGAAGAGAGCGUGACUGGAGUCCACAGACUGUACCAGCUCUCCAAAGCUGGGAAGUUGUGUGUUCCUGCCAUGAACGUCAAUGACUCAGUAACCAAGCAGAAGUUUGAUAACCUCUACUGUUGCCGGGAAUCAAUCCUUGAUGGACUUAAAAGGACAACAGACAUGAUGUUUGGUGGAAAGCAGGUGGUGGUGUGUGGCUACGGAGAGGUGGGAAAGGGGUGCUGUGCUGCUCUGAAAGCCAUGGGCUCCAUCGUGUAUGUCACCGAGAUUGACCCCAUCUGUGCCCUGCAAGCCUGCAUGGACGGAUUUCGACUGGUGAAAUUAAAUGAGGUCAUCCGACAAGUGGAUAUUGUUAUUACUUGUACAGGUAACAAGAAUGUGGUAACCAGAGAGCACUUGGACCGGAUGAAGAAUAGUUGCAUCGUUUGUAACAUGGGGCAUUCCAACACAGAGAUUGAUGUGGCGAGUCUGCGGACACCAGAGCUGACCUGGGAGCGAGUCCGAUCCCAAGUUGACCAUGUAAUAUGGCCCGAUGGCAAAAGGAUAGUAUUGCUGGCAGAGGGCCGUCUGCUAAACCUAAGCUGCUCCACUGUGCCUACCUUUGUGCUCUCAAUCACCGCUACUACUCAGGCUCUCGCCUUGAUAGAGCUUUACAAUGCUCCAGAGGGUCGCUAUAAGCAGGAUGUCUACCUGCUGCCUAAGAAAAUGGAUGAGUAUGUGGCCAGCCUACACCUGCCCACCUUUGACGCCCACCUGACAGAGCUGACAGAUGAGCAGGCCAAGUACCUGGGACUCAACAAGAAUGGGCCCUUCAAGCCUAAUUACUACAGGUAUUAAGUUCCUGAAACUCAAGCCUGAUGAAGUUUUAAGGAACAGAACUCCAAGUCUUUUCUCCACUCCUAUACAGGAAAGAACCCAGCAAGCUGCUUCUUCAAUCAGCUGCCCGCCAUGCUCAUUCUAUAUUUUAGGUUUAUUUAUUUAUUAAAAUCCGGAACCCUGUUCCUAUUGCCUUGGCCCGGAGUGUGGUUACUGCCCCAAGGGCCAGGAAAGCCACAGAAAACAGACUGCAGAAGGAAAGAAAUGGGGCAGCCAUUCCCAGUGCAUCUGUGACGUCAUUCCUCACUGACUGAUUCCUCAGCAGCGGUCAGUUUUAUCUUUCGUCCAGGUUCAGGAGAUAGUCCAGAGAUUCCAGACUCCUUGGGAUAUCCUGGAAUAAAUUUUAGCAACUGCCUUUCUCAGCUUUAGCCUUUUCCCCAGUGAGGCCUUUUAGAAGCCACAGAAUUCGCAUGGCCUGGGCUCUCGGCUUUGACCCUCACUGUCACUGCCUUCUUUAUCAAAUGGCUAGAAAGGAAGGAGUGUUAGGCUUUGGCAAACUACCAUACCAAGAACUCAGCUGUGCCUGUGCUUCCUGGGAGUUCUCUUCCCUGCCCAGGACUCAUUUCUCCUCCUUGAAUAUGUCCAUUUUCACAUUUUGUGGUUCCAAAAAGAAUGUGCCUCCAUUAUUUCCUCAGCAGCUCUGGUGUUUGUCAGACAUGUGCUUUGCCAUCUUUCUAACCCAACUAAGAAACUCUGCCCAGGAAGUGGGGGCUCAGCCCCUUUCCUAGAGUUUUGUUUCCCUCAGUACCUGGAUGCUUUUCCCAGAAUGCUUCCUCCUGAUACACAGUCACUUUUUGAAAAGGAGGGCUUAUUGAGAAACACUGCUUCCUGCAACUUCCUUACAGCCUAAAACUACUUCUGAAACUGAGCAAGGAAAGGCAUGCUUCCCAAGGCAUCUGGAAUGGGAUAGGGCUUUCUGAACCCACAAGACCUUAAAGAAACAAACAGAAUAUAUUUCUUUUCUCUCUUAAGAGGGGCUUUUUUGCAUCUCAGCUGAGUAAGCUGGAUAAGAGAUGAGAUGGCAGUGUCCACUAUCCAGAUGAAAGUGUCUAAGGGUAGUGUGACCAAUUUGAACCCUUCUCAGACAUUUAUCCCUUUGGGCAUUGCUAUUGAUGAAACAGAGCUAAAGUGUCUGCAAUUUAACCUGUGGUGUUACUUCUCUGCUGGGAAUUCUUUUUAUGUUCUGCCCGCUUCCUCUUUAGGAUUCUGUGUUUUAGAAGUAGUUUCUUGCAUAACUCCAGCAUUACAAAACUUAAUAAGGGCUGGAGAGAUAGUACAGAGGUUAAGGUACUUGCCUUGUACAUGGUUGUUUGAUCCCCAGCACCACAUAUGGUUUGCCGGGCACCACCAGGAGUGAUCCCUGAGCACAGAACCAAUAAUAAGCCCUGAACAUUGCCAGGUUUGGCUCCCCAAAAUAAACCAAAAAGGUUAAUAAUUUGAGCAGCCUGAAAUUUUAAUUUCCUACUGGAAGGCUGAGCUAUUAAGGGUUUCACUGAGAUCAGAUUAGUUCAAAGAGUUCGUCUACAGUGAACCUAGGAAUUUUGAACAAAAUAAGUCCCUUUUUCCCCUGCUAAAGUUUUUAACACCCACAGGUUGUUUCCCCUUUAUUUUUUUCCCCUUCCUAUCCUGAUUUACCUCAAUCUCAAGAUUAAAGUGACUCCAAGAAGCUCGGAUCACUAGAACCGUCCUACCUUGAGUCACCCCUCAACAUCCACCUUCUCUUGCUCUUUGUCUUCAAGGCUAGUCUGGAGGUGACCUUCCUUUCAGAGGUCGGGAGAGGUAAACCUUGAGGAAAUAACUGUUUGCCUACAAAAUAGCAUGUUGGCUCAACCCCUAAAAUCUGUUUCCUCAGUGGCCAUAUAUCUUAGCAAGUGCUGCAAAAGUGCCUCAUGCUUGGCUAUAUUCAUUUAUGAGGAGAAUCAUAAAGGCUCCUCUGAGCCCCUCAGUUCUUCCUCUAGCCUACCCAGUUCUGGUUUGUGUUAAUAAUUGGAUCCCUCCUAAAAAAGAUUUAGGUCUCUCUUCCUAUAUCCAGAGCAAAUUCUGUUAGGCAGUUAGCAGAACUCUAGACUAUUCUGCUCUUUGAUCGAAAAUCCUAACCUGUUUCUUAGCAAAGCCUGGCCCUCCUGGGAGUUAACUGCUUACUCCUGCUACCAGCGCUCACUCCUCCUUGCUCGAGUGAAGGCACCGUUCAAAUCCAAAAGAAUCCGCUUCGGGCUUCCCAAUUAGAUUGCCAGUGUUGCUGCUCAUGGUGAUGUAUUUGCCUCUGAGUUUCAGAUGACCCUUCCUCCUUUCUUAGGGGCUCCUGUAAGCAGCCAUUAAGAAAAAAGGAAGCCGAGGCAACCUUACUGUUGGGAUUUAGUCAUUAUUUCCUCUAGCCUUGAAGUCAGAGCAAUUGUGUCUUCCUAUAAGCUCUCCCUUCAGAUGAAUCUUAGCCAUCAGGAAGCUCGGGAAAGAGUCACCAUCAUUUUGUAUGUAGCCCUGGCCUGUGGGAUACUUCAUUUUCUCUACAGUGAAUUUGUAGAGACCACCCACUGGCUCUGGGCAGUCUGUUUUGCCUUCUUAGUGGAAAUACUCUUUGUUCCAUUAAAAAAGAAAAAUAUUAAGAUAUCCAGUCUACCUUCCCAGGGGUGGGGGGCACAUCCUCAUCCCCCCACCAUGCAAGCACGGCUCCCCAAGGCCACACACUCCUGUAAAGCUUUUGUGCUGCUUGGCUUCCCUCUGAACAGAUCAGAAAUUGCUGCUCCUGUGGUUUUUCUCAAAAUUAACUUUGUCAUGGUUUUAAAAAAGAAAUCAAAAUGCAUUGUUGCGUUAAACUUUUUUUUUAAUAAAGGAAAAUUACAGAAAGAAAAUAGGCAACACCAGCAAAUUAUAUGUGGACAAGUUCUAAACUAUAUAUACAUACAUACAUAUAUAUUAUAUAUAUAUAUAUAAAUCAUCUAGUUGUCUUUGUCAUCUUAUUGAAAGGAUAUAAAACCUCUAAGGAUCGCCAUUUCUGAGAGGCUCUUUGAAAUCUUUAUGUCUAAGUGAUUGUAUUAGAUCAGCAAUAAUGACUAUGUAAUCUCAAAAGAAAAAUAAAAUAUUCUUAAAAUGGA